AUGUUUUUAGACAAAUGUGAAGGGGACCUGUGUGACCUAAGAGAUGACAACACCCCAACGUCAUGUCCACAAGAAGGGGAAGAAGAUGAACUUCCCAAGAAAAAGCAUCGCAGAAACCGUACAACUUUUACCACUUACCAACUUCAUGAGUUAGAAAGAGCAUUUGAACGUUCCCACUACCCAGAUGUAUACAGCCGGGAAGAACUGGCCAUGAAAGUCAGCCUUCCAGAAGUUCGUGUACAGGUUUGGUUCCAAAACAGAAGGGCUAAAUGGAGGCGACAAGAAAAGUUGGAGUCCUCCUCAGCAAAACUUCAUGACUCCCCACUUCUAUCAUUUUCAAGAACACCUUUAUCCACAAACAUUGGGCCAUUAAGCUCUUCUUUGCCCUUGGAUCCAUGGCUCACUUCACCCAUAUCUGCAGCUACAACCGUGCACAGCAUGCCAGGAUUUAUAGCUCCAUCUCAAAAUCUUCAAUCGCCAUACACUGGCCACACCUUUCUCAACAGUGCACCCCCAAUGACAUCUAUACAGCCUCUAAGCAGUGGUCCCUACCAGUGCAUGGGCAGCUUUGUGGACAAGUUUCCCUUAGAAGAGUUAGACCAAAGGAGCACCAGUAUUGCUGCUCUUCGCAUGAAGGCCAAGGAGCACAUUCAGACCAUAGACAAGACCUGGCAGCCAAUCUGA